AGCCAUUAAAUGGAGAAGAAUAAGUAUGGAAAGAAUGAACAGAGAGCGAGAAUAGAAGAGUAGCAGAGGAGAGAAAGGAGUAUUUCAGAGGGGGGGACCAGUCGCAGUCUGACCAGUCUGAUAUAGGACCAAGUGGACCCAUGGAAACUCACUAAACAAUGUCUCUCCCACUCAUUGGAGGGAAAGAAAUGACAGAAAAUGAGUGAUGUGAGAAAUUGCUUGAAAACCGGGAGUGAAUGGAGGAAAGAAGUAGGGGGAGGACAGCGAUAAAGGGAGCAAUCCACCAUUUCUGUAGUCAGCCGUUUAAUGAAGAUGGGCAUAAGUGUGAAAGCGCUGUCCAAACACUGUCCAAGGCCGCUGACAAAAAUGUGGGUGGACAGAAGAACCCAUGCUACUAUUUUCUCUGUGCAGAGGAGAAAGAUGGAGUGGGGAGUGAUACUGUCAGAAAAUAAUCACGUCGCUGCUUUCUGAAGCACUGAGUGGGAAAGCGUUCACAGAAAGUAGACUAUAUCCUGAUUUAGAAACUGAACACUGUACAGAAAAUCUAGCAAAUGUAUUAGUUUAGCUUUUGAUGUGUAACUUUUGUAGAGAUGAUAAGGAAGAGAAGGGAAUCUGGCUAUUUCAGUCUUACACUUACAAUCUCAAUCCAAUCCACUUUGCCAAACAGGGUUGUGUCAGUGAUAUGGUUUAAUCAGAGUUGCUUUGAUCAGGACUUGCAAGAGCUUCGUUUGAUAAGUCCUCCUGUAUGAUAUCACCAUGAAGUGGCUGGCUAAGUGACUGCAAGCGUGGGUCUCGUUCUGUGGUCAGAGCGUUCUGUCAGUAGCUUAUCUCCUGAGGGUUUAUUUUGAGUAGGCAGUUGAAAGGACGGCAUGAUGUCGUCUGCCUUCUGGACCUCCCUGAGCCAUUCGGUCUGACAUUUUUCACUCUGUCCUCUUUGAUGACAUCAAACAUGAUAGUAAUUUUCCACCGCUCAAACUGAAGAGGAGCAAAUACCAACCCUGUCAGAGAGAUGGGCCUAGCCAACUGCAUUGCAUACCAGGGCAGGUGUGGAAACAAUGGUCUGGCAUGACAGUGGCACUGGGCUCAAUAUAAAACGGGUCAUUAACAUUGACAGUGUUCCAAUUCAUUUGGCCCCGAUGACGAGGGCUUUGACCUAUUUUCAGCAGCCAUUCACAACCAGCCAAAGCAGUCGGUUGUGGGUGCCUGUAUUAGGCAUUUUCAGAUCACAGUGAACCGAUUGGUCUAUGCGAGUACCAGGAGCCGUUUCCGUAUGCUUGUGUAUUUAUUCAGGAUGGUCCAAAUGGAUAUUAACCAGCUUCCUACUCUGAGAAACAACUCAAAGCAAACAGCAUCAAACAAAUGAGAGUACUGGGAAAAGAAGGGAAGGAGGGGAACAGUUUGUUCCAUUGGUUUUUCCUCUUACUGUGUUUUUGACCUGAAUGCCAAACAGAGAACUGUGCCAGUCUUUUUCUCUUUUUUAAAAAACUUUUCUUUUCUUUAAUCCUCUUUUACUAUCCCUUUCUCUUUGUGUUGUGCUGAAAAGGCCUGGGAGCUUUUUUCUUUCCCCCUCAAUGAGGAGCUGUGAAGUCCAGGCGGAAUUCAACUCAGCAUUCUGUCGCUCUUCUCUCCUUUUAACUCUCUCAAUAGAGGGAUGGGGGAGCAGAGACUCCCUCUCUUUCUCCUCUUUAUUCUCCCGCUACCUCCUUUUUUUAUUUUACAUUUGUUUACCUCAAUGUCUCCCUUUCUCGGUUUCUCCCCGAUUUAUCGCUUAAAGACAAAAUUCGACAAUAGCAGGCUGGCACACAUGGCAAUGCAGCUAAAGCUAGAUGGCUGUAGGGAAAGAGACUCAGUAAUUGAAUUAAGAGAGUUAUACACUACAGCUCUGCCUGGAGACCAGAAGUGUGAGCUGUAACACAUCUCGCACAGAACUGAGGGGGACUCCAUGAAAGAUGAUGGAGGAGGUGACAGUUGUAGCCAAGUGGGACUACACGGCCCAGCAGGACCAGGAACUUGACAUCCGGAAGAAUGAGCGGCUCACCCUGCUGGACGACAGCAAGACGUGGUGGAGGGUGAGGAACGCCUCCAACCAGACAGGCUACGUCCCCUCUAACUACGUGGAGCGCAAGAACAGCCUGGUGAAGAAGGCAUCGCUGGUCAAGAACCUCAAAGACACACUGGGACUGGGUAAGGGCAGAAGGAAGCAGAGUGCCCGUGAUGCUUCUCCCACGCCCAGCACGGAUGCAGAGUACCCCUCCAAUGGGAGUGGAGGAGGAGGCGGUGCCGAACGCAUCUACGACCUCACCAUCCUGGCUGUUGUCAAGUUCUCGUACAUGGCGGAGCGCGAGGAUGAGCUGACCCUAGCCAAGGGGUCCCGGGUCACGGUGAUGGAGAAGUGCAGUGACGGCUGGUGGCGGGGCAGCCAGGGAGGUCGUGUGGGCUGGUUCCCCUCCAACUACGUCCUGGAGGACCCCGCAGAGAGAGAGGGUGAGGGGGGUGGAGGAGGAAGGGACUCUCCAGGUUAUCCAGGGCAGGGCAGGGGGGCCACGAUGACCAACGGGCGGGCGGGAGGGGGUGGCGGCCGGGAUGGAGAGGGAGGUGAUGUACUCCAUCUGGUCCAGACUAUUUACCCGUUCAGCUCAGUGACGGAGGAAGAGCUGAACUUUGAGAAGGGAGAGGUGAUGGAGGUUGUGGAGAAACCAGAGAAUGACCCAGAGUGGUGGCGCUGCAGGAACGCCCAAGGCCUGGUGGGCCUAGUGCCUAAGAACUAUGUGCUGGUGCUGAAUGAUGCUGACAGGCCUCCUGGGCUCCCCGCCCUGCCGCAGUCGCCCCCUGGCUCCCCACAGAUCCGCUACGUGGGGCCGGCGAUCGUGGGCAAGUUUGCAGGCAGGGACUGGUACUACGGAGGGGUGACCAGACACCAGGCAGAGCUGGUCCUCAACGAGAGGGGAAAGGAGGGGGACUUCCUCAUACGGGACAGCGAGUCAUCGCCCAGUGAUUUCUCUGUGUCUCUGAAGGCGCCUGGGAAGAACAAGCACUUCAAGGUGCAGUGUUCAGAGGAGGUCUACUGUAUCGGCCAGCGCAAGUUCAGCUCCAUUGAUGAACUGGUGGAACACUACAAGAAAGCCCCCAUCUUCACCAGCCAACACGGAGACAAGCUCUACCUGGUCAAACCGCUGCUGUGACACACAUACAUAAACACAUAUACACACACAGGCACUCAGACAUGCAAAUACACACACAUACGCACUCCACCAAAUGCCCAUAUCCCAGCAAUCCUCAACAUGCUGAACUUGGGGAGAUAACUUAAGUCUGUUUUAGGCUCGUCACAUAGCUGGUCUUGGUUCUGUUUACUUUCUUUGCUUUUGGGUUUUCUCUGUUUGUUUGUUAAAACCCUCUCCAGAGGUUCCGAUGAUUUCUAAAGGAAAUAAUGACUUCACUAAGUGACCAUUGUAAACACCCUCUUUUGCCUUUUCUCCUCUUCUCUGCCUUCAUCCUCCUCAGAACUGUAGUCAUUUUCUUCCACCUCUGCCUCCUCUUCAUCCCUCUAUCAUCGAGGAGAAGUAGGAGAGAGCGAGAAUUUAAAAGAAUGGAGAGUUUGAAUGUCUGUCAAUGUACAACACUUACUGUAUUGCUCUUCUAUUCGCUCCAGCUCUACACUACACUUACGGCACAUUUCCAGUCAGGAUUCACCAGUGUUUUACACACAAGGCUCAGACUUUUCUGUUUCCCUCUACUCAGGCCGGCACCCGUGCCCCACUGGGCCAUGGCUCCGGCGGACCUGUUCUCAUUUGGGGCCAAUAACAGGCCACAGGUACUUUUCAGCUGGCAUUUACAUAAAUGGCUAACUGAACUUUAACACCUUCUCACAAAGCAACUGUUUUGAUUAUGCAGAAGUUGUUUAUUCUGUUCUUCACAAAUCUUCAUUGUCAGCCCUAGCUAUGGAAACAUCAUUUCCCUAGUAUAGCAUUAGGCUGUAUACACAAUCUAGUGUAACGCUGGUGUUACAGUCCAAAAGCAGCAUUACUGUUUUGCUAGUCUAUUGGCUCCAGCUCUACAUUACACUUACUGUUCUGAUGUUCUAUUGGCUCCAGCUCUACACUACUUCUAUUUGAUUUUCUCCAGCUCUACACUACACGUACUGUGCUCACUCACUCACUCAUUCCCCGGCCCUAGUGCUGUUUUUCAAUGAAGAUCCGGGCUUCAGGCGUUUUACUCUCAAAGUUAUAUACAGUGCAUUCAGAAAGUAUUCAGACCCCUUGAAUUUUCCACAUUUUGUUACAUUACAGUCUUAUUCUAAAAUGUAUAAAAUUAUUUUCCUCCCUCAUCAAUCUACACACAAUACCCCCAUAAUGACAAAGCAAAAACAGGCUUGUAGACAUUUUUGUAAAUGUAUUAAAUAUAAAAAACUGAAAACUGAAAUCAAGUAUUCAGUUUGUUGAAGCAC